CGCUGACUUUUGCCAUUUACUGUCGAAGUGAUUGCCUAUUUUCCUCAAAGCAUUCUGAAAAAAGUGAUGAGGGAGUAUGACAAUAGUAAUUAUGGAACGGAAGUAACCGUGCAAGGACAGUAUGGAUGGAACCGAAACGUGCUGGAAAAAUUCAGGGCUUCUUAUUAUGCCAAGUGCUAGAAGUUUUCAGUGCAAUCUCCGGCUCUCUGUUAUUUUACCAAGUUCCUGAAAGAGUCAUGGACUAUACAUUGAUGAAAUUCUCAAAUGACACCUUUGUUUGGUUUUGGAUUCAUUUUAUCUUACUCUUGAACUACUUAUCUCUUAUUUCCACCAUAACUGAUGGUAAGAGGCAUCACCAUUUAUGGUUUUCAAAAGCAGCUAGAUGGAUAAAAGAAUCCAUACCAAGUCUUCCUGUUGCAACCAAUGAUGAUGACAUAAAGCGGGCUGUAGCACUGAUUGAUGAAACAGAAGUUGCAGAUACAGACCGAGAAGAGCAGGAAGAAAAGUCAUGCUCUGAGUUGUAACUAGAUUGAUGGGAAGCUACUUGCCCUCCUUGGAACUCAUAGAUCCCUUGCGGUUGUAAAUGCACUUGGUCAUCCAUGGCAGUCAAACAAAGGCUGGUCAU